AAUCGUUGCAUCAACAAACUCCCAAUGAAAGAAGGAAUUUAUAAUGAACUUGCAAAUAAUGAUGAAUUUUACAAAAGAGAAGAGUUUCUCAAUAAAGUAUUUUUAAGUCUGAAAAGAGAAUUGAAAAUUGAAAUUGGAAACAGUUGGUUAGAUGAUGAUGCAAAAGAAGAAGCUGAGAAUGUGGUAGAUGAAUUAAAACUGAGUUUUACACGAAUUGAUUUUCCUGUAUGGAAAAAUGAUAUAGAAACAUCACCGUACAAUUUCAAAAUCACUCUAGUUGCAUUCAAAAAUUUUUUGAAUUUUAAAAAAGCUAAAGCUGAGUACAGAAUGCUCAUCAGUUUUCAAUAUGCAUUAAUGUCAUUAUAUGAUCUUGUUAGUGCAUUAAAUGCUUCAACGAAUAACAGAAAAAAAAGAAAUAUUGAAAUUGAAGCAUCUUUCAAUCGACUUACAAAAUCAAUAGAAAUAACGCCAGGAUUACUACUACCACCGUUCUUCCAUCCAGAGGCACCAAUGGCCUAUAAUUUUGGAAGAUUGGCAUUUAUAAUCGGUCAUGAAAUCUCUCAUACGUUUGAUUUCGAAAAUAUGAAACUUCAUACAGGAUCUUUAUUUUCAAUUAAUAAUGAGAUUAAUUCUAUAUAUUCAGCCAAAAAAUAUUGUUUAGAGAGACAAUUUAAUAAUCUUAAUAUAGACGGUGUGACAACUUUAGAUGAAAAUGUUGCUGAUACACAAGGAUUAAAAUUGGCAUUUAGAGCUAUGAGACGAUUGUUCCAUGAAAAUCCAGAUGAAAGAAAUAAAGUGCUACCACAAUUUCAAGAAUUUGAUGCAAAUCAAUUGUUCUUUUUAUCUUUUGCAAAUCAAUAUUGUGAAAAUCGUAAUGAAGAAUUUUUGGAUUCAAUUCAUGCGCCAUAUGAUAUUAGAACCAUUGGAACCAUAAUGAAUAGUCAUGAAUUUGCAGAAGCAUUUCAAUGUGAAAAAGGUCAAUUUAUGAAUCCAAAAGAAAAAUGUGAUUUGUGGACCAAUCCUAAUUUAUAAACUACAAAUUAGAAAUAAGAGAAAUAGAUUAAUUAUUAUCUCGACAAAAAAUUAUAUAUAAAUGUGCAAGUAAAUUAAUUUGUUAAUUAUAAAUCAAUUUCCAUAAUAUUCAAUCAUAGAUGAAAAGAAUAUUCUAUUAAUAUAAAGAUUAAUUUUUAAGUUAGCCUAAUAAUUAUUUUUAAAAAUUAAUUUAAUAUGGGAUAUAAAAAUUCAAAUAAAUUAUAUGUGAAGAAUAAUUUAGAAACUUUAAAAUUGUAAUUACAUGAUGAUUUAAUUCUUGUUUCUUGUAUUUCCAAAGAUGUUUUUAUUAAUAUAUAUAUAUGCAAUAAUGUACACUUAAUUUAUCUAAGAAUAUAUCUAGAUCUAAUUAAUAGACAUAACAGUAAUUAAUUCCCCACACAGUACAUGAGAUUUCCUAAAUGUUUCUGAAAUAUUUCAUUGAAAUUUUGAAAUAUUCCAAUGCGAAGUCCUUGAAAUAUUAUGCUGAAAUUAGGGAAAUGUCCGCCUAUAAGAAAUAUUGCCGUGUAAUUUUGCUGAAAUAUUUCAUUAAAAUAUUUAUAGAAAAAUUCCAAUUUAAAUGAUGCGCACUGGUCGAUCUCAGUUUCUAUGGCCUGUACAGCUGCGCAGUAGUUUUUAAUUUUCUAGGAUCCUAAGAAAAUAAAGAUAAGAAAAUAACGAUUGAUUACAUAUUUUAAAAAAGUUUCUAACUUUCUUUGAAAUAUUUCCUGAAUAUUGCAGAAUCUUCAUGUGUAAUAUUGCAGGAGUCUUAAAGUGUAAUAUUUCAGCAAAAUUGUACGGCAAUAUUUCUUAUAGGCAGACAUUUUCCUAUUUUCAUAAACAUUUCAUGAACCUUGCAUUGAAAUAUUUCAAAUCUUUCAAUGAAAUAUUCAUGAAAUGUUUAGGAAAUAUAAUAUGCUGUGUGGGAUCUAGUACAUAAUUUCUACAUAUAGAAAUUUAAAUUCUGUAUGUGGUAUUAUAAGCAAAAUAAAAAUUGAUACAGAC